CUUGGUGUCCGUAAGGCCUUUUAGAUAUACUAUCGCCCCUAGAAUGAGACCCAUCUUUACCUGUCUGUUGGUGCUGUGCGCAUCUUUAACAGCCCAGGCGGUGGCCAUCAGCUGUGGUUCGUUCCCUCGACAGCUAUCCCGUCAUGGUCCAUUGACUCGCCAUCAUAGGUGCGACCAACUCCACAACGCCCGCACGCGAGACAUGCGACGAAAGUAGGUCGUUGUCCUUUCGUCACAGUGUGGCUAGGCGCGUUCAUGUGUAUGUACCGAAGGCACAAACCAUGACGCUACUCUCAACACUAUGUUUUUGGCCGGCGCGUUGGAGCCGAUCAAGGACGACAAGGAUUAAGUAGUGGCUCUGAAUGUGUCUGAAUACUUUGAGCCUACCUGACAUGCAGAAUAAGUGAGUAUGCAGGUUCCAGGAGAAAUUGCGAAUAUUCCUCUGAUGUCCCCCCAGAUGGCUGAUUCUUUUCAAAUUGGGCUGCACUCGGGCUGAACUGAGUUGUAAUAACAUUGUAGUCAAAUAUGAUACUUGCUGAGUUGCGAGACCUAACAGUGUCGGAGCUAGAAGCAUUACUGGUCGUAGGGCUUUUCCACCGAUCUGCUGAAAAUUUUAGAUAGUAUCUGUUCAUGCGAACAAAAGGUUCAACAUUAUAG